UACGUCUUCUGGAGCCGGACGCACACGAUCCUCCAGUGCGAGGGGGAGCGCUUUCCAGAUCCGAAGUCGCCGAUCUCGUGUAAACAAGCGCAGCCAACCUAUCCCACUCAGCAGAACAAGCUUUGUGAUCCUGACAGGGCUCGCAGACCCUGAGACUUGCAAUAUACGCGUUUUACCAUCGAAGCUGUGAUUCGUAAACCACCUGUGUUAGCUCAUUGUUCAGUCCUUCGAUAAUUUGAAUUUCCCGAGUGGCAGGAGAUGCGCGACAAUGGCUGAAGGACGUCGCCUGCCUGGCAAGCUAUAGCUGCCUAAAAACGCUGGGGUACCACUUGGAUCACAAAGAUGCAUUUUCUGAAGAGGUGCUCGGUGUUUAAGAUCGUGCUGAGCGCUUUGUUGAUCGUGGCUUUGCUGCAGCUCAUUUAUCUGUCUCUUCUGUCCCGGCUACACGGAAAACAGCAGCGCUACAAAUACUCGGAGCUUUUCGAGAGCAACGGAAACCCGCGCGGGGGUGUAUUUAUGACUCGUAAAAACGCCAAGAAAGAGCGCUUGAAAUACUCCCUUUCUACCGGCGGUAUAUUUGACUCGAGCGGCCAGUACCGGAUCUAUAAAAACAUCGUCAAGAGCGACUUCUCCUCUCAUCAGCAACCGGAUGGCGACUCGACGUCUCACCCCCAGUUUGUUCUGGCGACCCACACCUCCAUCAAUAACCUUCACCACCUGAACGAGCUGCUGGAGCGCUGGGACGGCCCGAUGUCCGUUGCCAUUUUUGCCCACACACACGUGGUCAAGUUUGCCACUGCACUCAUCUACGCCCUGAGCCUCUUGUGUCCUCACAUUCAAGCUCUGGUGGACUUUCACUUAAUUUGCCACUCCGGCGAUCUUGCCACUUUCCCCGAGAACGAUAGGGAGCAUUUCGUGGGCUUGAAGGACUGUCGAGGGGUGUUUGGUAAGCUGGAUAAACACAGGGAUAUGUACCAGAAUUAUGCGAUAGCCGGUAACGUGUCCUACCCCAACAACCUGCUGCGUAACGUAGCCAGGGGAAGCAUCGAGGCUGCGUACACGCUCGUCAUCGACAUUGAUAUGAUGCCGAGCGAAAAUCUGCACGAUCAGUUCCUACAGUUCAUAAAAAGGCGAACUCCUCAGCCAGACGAAGUAUUUGUGCUGCCAGCCUUUGAAAUCCGACACACCCGCAAGAUUCCACCUAGUAAAAAAGAGGUCCUGCAGCUGUACCAGGUGGGCGAGGUGCGCCCCUUCUACGAGGAGCUGUGCCACAAGUGCCACGCGCCCACGAACUACUCCCAGUGGCUGAACUUGCAUCUCCAGAGACCAAGCGACGUUAGCGACAGCGGUGAUCUCGACGUGGCUUACACUUUGUCUUGGACUGACCCCUGGGAGCCCUUUUACAUAGGCAGUCAAGACACUCCGCUCUACGACGAGAGGUUUAGGCAGUACGGCUUUAACAGGAUAAGUCAGGCCUGUGAACUUCAUGUGGCUGGCUAUAAAUUCACUGUGCUAAACAAUGCAUUUCUGGUGCACAGAGGCUUCAAAGUGCCUGGAGAAUUCCAUGCCAGAAAAGAUGAGGAAAACAGACGCAAUCGAAUUCUUUUUCGGCAAUUUAAGGAGGGCCUGAAACUGAAAUAUCCUGAAUCAGCCCAGCAUUGCUGAAGGGGACAUUCCAUAUGGUAACCGCACAAAGCCGUGGCCACACAGCAACCAACUCAAGUCUGAAAAGUGCAUAGUUGGGUGAAUCAGCUCAGGUUCCCUCGUGGAAAAAGAUGGUUUGCCUAAGAGGAGACUUGGGUGUGUACAGCAUUCCCCAUUGAGGCUGUGAUUGAAACACAAGAGCUAUUUUUAAACUGAAUUACUUUUGCCACAUGGAAAGCCCUAUUCUGCACUGACUGAAGUAUUAUCUGUAUGAGGUGAGCGGACCUGAACGUUGGUGCCCCAUGGGGUUGUCACAGAAGAGUCCUAAAAUAUAACUCUUGGUUUUUUUUUUUUUUGUGCAUUCGGAAGUAAAAGAGCUUAAAAUGUUUUCUGUAGAGCAUGCCAGUCACUCAGAAGAGCAGCUGACCAAGGCCUCGUCAUGAGUAUGGGACAGCUGUUUCUUGGGGAGCUUCUGGAAAUAGAUCUUCAUUCUUUCUGAAUUCCUUACACGGUGCUGAAACAUUCACUGCAGGAUAGAGUGACUUCAUGUCAGCCAAAGCAGUAAUCAUGGGGUUAUCACUGGAAGAUUGACAAGGGCGUCAAAAAACUGUUUCAAGGACUUGUAUUUUUUUAAAGUUUUAGAUUUGUAAGCCACUUUGACCCAUUUACUGUCAGUGUCUGGAAUUGCUAAACUAUGAAUUGUACUGUAAAAGAGAUUUUCAAGUUGCUAUACUUUGAUUUUAAGUCUUAACUAAUUUUGUCCAAUCUGAGUGGGGUAAAUAAGUGACAAGAAACUGCAUUUGAUAAAUCCAGAGUAAGAAGUAAAUAAGGUUAUUGGAAACAACAUAUCUCAGCUGAUAUGGGAAUGGCUUUGUCAUUUACCAUUUUUCCAGCACCAGUUAAACCUCCUGCAUUUGAGUCACAGACACCUGAAAAAUUUAAAUAAAGUGUGUGAAUAAAGUGUUCUGUUCAAAAAAAAUGGUAUGCCUUCAUUAGCAUGGAAGGAGUCUCAAAUCAAAAUAUCUGAAGUUUAUUUUUGUAAUUAAUUAUUUAAAUUGAUCUCAUUUCUGGCACAGUGGGGUAUUACAGUUAGCUUGCAUGUCAAUUCAGAAAUUAUUGUUUAGGGGUGCAGGUAGAGUUCUUUUGACAUAACUGUGAAAAGCAAAUUGUACAAGCCCAGCACAGUACACUCAAAUUACAAAUAGAGUAUAGCUGAAUUAAAAUUUAAAUGAAAUGCAACCAAACCAAAAUCAUGUUAAACAAAAAAAAACACGCAAAAGUAUUUUUUAUAUGUUUUUAUAUAUAUACCCAUACACCAGUCAGUCACAGCAUUGAAACCACUGAUAGGUGACGUGAAUAAUGUUGAUUAUCUUGUUACAAUGGCACCUGUCGCAGGGUGGAAUAUAUGAAGCAGCAAGUGACCAGUCAGAUGUUGAAGGUGAUAUGCUGGAAACAGGACAAAUGGACAAGUGUAAGGAUCUGAACAACUUUGACAAGAGCCAAAUUGAGAUGGCUCAGAGCAUUUCCAAAAUGACAUAUCUUGGGGGGAGUUUCCAGUAUGCAGAUGUUAGCAGAAAGACAACCGGUGAACUGACAACAGUGCCAUGGGUGCCCAAGGCUCACUGAUGCAUGUGGUGAGCAAAGGCCAGCCCAUCUGCAUUAAACCCGCAGAAGACCUACUGUAGCACAAAUGGCUGAAAAAUGUAAUGCUGGCAUUGUGUCAGAACACAUAGUGCAUUCAUUGCAGCUUGCCACAGAUAGGUUAGAGCGCCCAAGCUGACCCCUGUCCACUGCCAAAAGCUCAUAAAAUGGGUACAUGAGCAGCAAAGCUGGACCAUUAAUCAAGGACAGAAGGUGAGCUAGUCAUAUGAAUUAUGUUUUCUUUUUGAUAAUGAGAAUGAAGAGAUGGCAGCAGAAUUCACUAUAGGAAGAAGGCUACCCAGAGAAGGCAGUGUGAUGCUCUCAGCAAUGUGCUAGCUGGGAUGUGGAUGUUAUCGAGCAUUUCUCUCAUGGCCAGCAUUACAUUUUCCAGCACCUUUUUAAUACAUUAGCUCUGUGGGACCAGACAAGAUGGGCUAGCCUUACCUUCCCAAGCACAUCAAUGACCUCUAGGUGCCAGAUGUCCAGCCAUCACAAUCUGUCUCUUGUCAAAGUCGCUCAGAUCCUUAUGCUUGCCCGUUUUUCCUGCCUCAAACACCUCACCUUCAAGAACUGACUGUUCAUUGCCUGCCUAAUAUAUCCCACACAUUGACAUUGAUUUCUGCUUGGGAGAGACCUUGAUGAUGCAGGAUGACCAUCUUGUGUCUUGUUGCUACUGUAUGCUCACUUUUGCCAAGAUGUAAGAUCUGCAGGUUAACCUUCCACUUCUACU